AAAUUUCUUUAAAUUCCUGUUUGAAAAUUUUUCAUUUGAAAUAGGUUUCUUUUAGAUGGCAUCACCGGAAUAUUCUAGAAAUUUUAUUUUUUUCAUUUGAAUUUUUUCUGCACGUCCGCCAAAACACGCCACGCAUGCGCUUUUUCGCCGUUUCUGGUUUUAGCAGAGACGUUGCAGUAUUUCUGUGGUUAUAAUACCAAAAAAAUUUUUUAGUUUUUCUAUCUAUUUUAUUGGUGUUAUUUACAAAUCCAGACAUAAUAAUGGCUCUUCCAAGGUGCUACUUUGACAUGACUGCCGACGGUGAACCUGUUGGAAGAAUAGUUUUUGAACUACGAUCAGAUGUAGUUCCCAAAACAGCAGAAAACUUCAGAGCUUUAUGUACUGGAGAGAAGGGUUUUGGAUAUAAGGGAAGCAUUUUCCACAGGGUUAUUCCUAAUUUUAUGUGCCAAGCUGGUGAUUUCACUAAUCAUAACGGCACUGGAGGACGUUCCAUUUAUGGUGAUAGGUUUGAAGAUGAAAACUUCACACUGAAGCAUACAGGCCCUGGAAUCUUAUCCAUGGCAAAUGCUGGUCCAAACACUAAUGGGUCCCAGUUUUUCAUCACAACAGUAAAAACUGCCUGGUUAGAUGGAAAACAUGUUGUCUUUGGACAAGUAGUAGAAGGUAUGGAUGUUGUAAAAAAAAUUGAAGGCUAUGGAAGCCAAAGCGGCAAAACCACCAAGACAAUCGCUAUUGCUGAUUCAAAUCAACUGUAGGCCCUUUCUGGCCUUUAAACUGACGGCAACUUUCAUUCCAUGUUUUCUCUUGCAACAUGAUUUAAUUAAGUACGGAUUUAAAAAUUGUAUAAUUUUUUGCUACUUAUUUCUUUUUUAAUUUAUAUAAGUACAAUGUGGAUUUUUUUUACUUAGAAAAGUUCAUGUUAGUCAUACCUUAUGAGGAACUAACAUACUGGAUAUUCUAGUAUAUUUCCUUAACUUGUUUGUAUGAUCUGAUCUUCUAAUAUGUAUUCUCUGCAUUUUUAGCUGGUCUGUAACUUUUGCCUUUUAAUUUUCCCCCAUCUCUAGAGUAGCAUUCUUGUGACCUUAAAUAAAGACAUUUAAUGUUC